ACCUGUAGGUAAACAAACAAACAUGUCAAACGAUAUAUUACAAGUGAAAUGCGACGCUUGCAGCGAGGCGGCACACGAGCCUUACAUAGAAUGCUGCGACUGUGACACAAAUUUAUGCUGUCCGUGUUUCUCAUCAGGCAAGGAAGUCGGCCCACACAAAAGUGACCACAAAUACGCAGUCAGAAGAAACGAUUUUCCGCUUUUUGAUAAUUGUAACUGGUCGGCAAAAGAAGAAUGCAAACUACUUUCGGCACUAUCAACAUACGGCUAUGGAAAUUGGGAAGAAAUAUCAAAAAGUGUACACACGCGAUCGAAACUUGAAUGUCUGGAACACUACAAGAAAUACUACAUCGAAAAUGUUCAAUAUGACGAGCUUAAACUACUCCCAGAGACAGAACAGUCUUUAUUUCCCAAACCCACAAUACCAUAUUUAUACAGCAUAGAAAUAAGUACAAACCCACCAAGAAACAAUCCUGGAGACCAACACCUUGCUGGAUAUAAUGCAUACAGAUCAGAAUUUGAACUAAGUUAUGACCAGAAUGCUGAAAAUAUUUUCAAUAUAGAAGACACUUAUUCUGAUGAUGAAGAUGAUUGUAUGGAUGCUCUGAAAGUCAGUUUGGCAAAUGCUUUAAACACACGUCUAAAAGAGAGGCGGCGAAGAUACAAAAUUAUACAAAACCAUGGUUUAAUUAUGCCAAAUAAACUACUGUCAUGGUUAAAAAAGUUUGAUGUUACAAUAACUAGAGUGAAAGCGGAGAGGCUGCUGUCAUUCAUGCAAUUUAUGACUGGCAUGCAGUUUGAUGCCUUCAUGGAGGCCAUGAGCUUAGAAGAAACAUAUUUGCAAAAGAUAUCUCGACUAAUUGAAUAUCGUAAGAAUGGUAUAAAGACACUGCAGUCUGCUCGCCUUUACAGACACUUGAAGAAAGAAAAUGAAGCAGCAUUUAAAGAACAGAAACAUUUUACUUCUGUCAUGUCGAAGAAAUACGACAGUCAGUCGCCUGUUAAAAACAAAUUGGUUAUAGGUUACUAUGGUGGUGCUGUGUCUAACAAAAAAUAUAGGAAGACGUCGAUGCCUCUGGACAUUGUAGAUAUGCCAAGCUUUCAUCUGCUAUCAGAGAAUGAGAAGACAUUAUGUUCGCAUGUUCGUUUGGCACCACGGACAUAUUUGGAAAUUAAAAACCUACUUAUAGCUGAGAACAAUAAACUAGGAUUCCUUCGGUUGCUGGACGCAAGGAGAAUAGUUAAAAUAGAUGUGAAUAAAACAAGGAAGAUCUAUGAUUACUUUAUUGAGGAAGGUUUCAUAAGCAAGCCUUUGCCUAAUAUGUAAAUAAAUAUUUUUAUAUAGAAUA